GAACAUCCCUCCCUCAGCUGCAAGCUUAUUAAAUAUAGUAGUAGCCGAACCUUCAAUUGAAAACAGACAGGCUGUGUCUGUAGCUUGUGCCUCCUUUGCGUGCUUGUUGCUCAGUGUCCGGGGAAUGGUCUGAGUGCCGCUCUCUGGCCCAUUCCAGGCAAUACCAUGAGGUCCAGCCUUCCUUCAGUGGUGCCUGUGCUUCUGCCCAUGUUCCAGCUUCUGCUACAUACACUGCCACUCCAUGCAAACCCAGAGUCUGGAGUGUCCUUCUUUGGGGACGGCUAUGUAGAGAUGCCCUUGGCGAGCUCCUGCAGCACCAUCCAGCUUCAUCUGCAGUUCUACACCCGGCAGCAGAAUGGACUCCUCUUCCUGGCUGCAGGACAGAAGGACUAUCUACUGUUGGAGCUCCGGGCUGGCAUUCUACAGGCCAGAAUGGACCUGGGCUCUGAAGAACUGACUCUCAAGUCCCCAGCAGGACCACAUCUCAGUAACCUCAUCAUCCACGAUGUUGAUCUGUUGAUGGCCGAUGGGUGGAUGACCCUGAUUGUGGAUGGCCUUUUCAAUACCUCUGUGGAAAUUCCAAGACCCCUGGAGGAGCUGGACAUCAAUUAUGGCCUCUAUGUGGGAGGAACAGGGAGCCUGGAACUGCCGUAUCUCAUCGGAGUGAGUGUGCCCUUCAGGGGCUGCCUCCACAUGGUGACGUUCAACGAUCGUGAUGUCCUGUCCGCACUGGCUUCUAGCAGUGGCACCAAGAGAUUCCACAGCAUCCGAGAGGGGUGCAGUGUAGAGUUCUCUGCUGGGCCCAAUGAUCCCCUUGGCUUUCUGGGACCAAACUCUUAUAUUGCGCUCCCCGGCUGGAGUGCAAGGAAUGAAGGGACCAUUGAGUUUGUAAUAACCACAAGCAUCAAGCAAGCCCCUCUGAUCUAUCAGUCAGGACUUGAGAAUGACUUCUUCUACCUGGAGAUCUUUGACGGGCGAUUGAGAGGGGUGGUGGAGAAGGGCAAUGGUGUUGUGGUGCUCCACAACAACGUUUACCUCAGCAAUGAGGAGGAACACUACGUCAAGGUCUUCAUGGAUGUCCGGAAGUUUGAGAUCCUUGUUGACUACUAUGCCUCACAGACCUCCAACAAGGGUAUCCACAGUCACCUCGAUCUUCAAGGGCCACUCUUCCUGGGAGGUCUGAAUGAGAAGGCUGCCCAGAGAAUGAGAGAGCGUGGGCUGGGUUUUAUGUCUGGAAACAGCUUCUCUAACACCUCCUUUGUGGGCUGUCUGGAGGACCUGAGGAUAAAUGAGGAGAAGAGGAGUUUGCAAGAUGCUCUCAUCACAAGGGACAUAACAGCCGGCUGCAGGAAACUGGAGCAGUACUCUGACUAUGAUGACGCAUAUGAGCAGGAUGAAGCCCCCACAAGUUCUGCUCCUGACCAUUGGCAUGGCCCUGUUAUGGAACCAUGUCGCCCUGAUGCCAGCCUCCCCCCAGUCUUUGCUAACUUCACCAAAUUGCUGCAUGUCAGUCCUUUGGUUGUUGCUGAAGGAGGGAUGGCUUUUCUGGAGUGGCGACACACCCAGCCAACCAUUGACCUGAACAGUGCUAACAUCAGGCAGUCUCAGGUGGUUUUCAGCAUCAACAUGGACCCAAGGCAUGGGCAACUGGAGUUAGGAAUCUCCCGGACCAGAGGCAGAAGGAAAUUCACUCUGUUGGACAUCAUCAAUCGAAAAGUUAAGUACGUUCAUGACGGCUCUGAGAGACCAAUGGAUCAGUUGCUGCUGGAGGUAACUGUCACUGCCAGGAAAGGGAUCCCAGAGUGUCUGCAGCAAGGCCAGAUCUAUCUGCUACCCAUAAAGAUAAGUCCAGCCAAUGAUCCCCCUGAAGUGGUCUUUCCACAGGGAGAUCGCAUGGUCAUUCUGGAGCACACGCGCAAGCAUCUCAACCCAGCCAUUGUCCGUGCACUUGAUGAUGAUACCCCCUGUGACAGCUUACGAUUCCAACUGCUUGGUGGGAAGAGAAUGGAAGAAGGCUACAUAGAAUAUGACUUCCACCCUGGAGUCCCAAUUGAGGAGUUUUCCUGCAGGGACUUGGAAGCCGGUCAUGUGGUCUAUGUCCACCAAAAUGGGCCCACAUCAACCCUCAUUGUCCAAGUUAAUGAUGGUAUGGUGAUGAGCCCAGUGGCUACCUUAAGGGUGGUUGCUGUAGAGCCAGACAUCCAGGUACGCAACAACACAGGCCUCUUUGUCUCGCAAGGGGGUACGGUUCCUAUCACCCUGGCCAACCUUUCUGUAGAGACCAAUGCAAUACAGCAAAAAGUGCCCAUCUUGUAUCGCCUGACUGUGCCCCUUCAGUACGGUGAGAUCCAAAAGCAAGGGAGCCUGGGUGGAGAAUGGAAGAGGGUGGAGUCUUUCUAUCAGCAGGAUGUUGAGCAAGGGCGCAUCCAAUAUUUCAGCACAGACGAAGAUCAUCACGCAGAAGAUACAAUUGAGAAGCUACAGUUUGUGGUCCAAGUGGGUCAGAAGACACUGAGAAACAACACCUUCCUCAUUAGGAUCAAGAGGGCCACCAUCAGGAUGAAGACCAUGAUCCCCCUCCAGAUGAUGAAUAAGAAAGAGAGGAACAUCACCUCUGCUGAUUUGGAGGCAGCCUUAGAGGAGCUGAGCUCUAGCUCAGAGCCUUUCCACUAUGUCAUAAUUCAGCCACCCAGAAAGGGGAACCUCGAGCUUCGUGGCACAAGGCUGACUGAAGGCUUCGGUUUCACACAAGAUGAUUUGCAAAGCCAUCAGCUCAGCUACAGCGCAACCAUCCGAGAUUCAAAGGAGACUGAAGACACCUUCCAAUUCCGUGUCACGGCUGGAGAGCAAUACUCCCCCAUAUAUACUUACAGGAUACAGGUUGGGGGGGACCCGGAUGCCCCUAUACUGACCAAUGUCCUUCUGUCUGUUUUGGAAGGAGGGCAGGCUGUCAUCUCCAAGGACCACCUGUUCGUCAAGAGUGCGAACAGCAUGAACUACGUGUAUGAGGUAGUAGAUGGCCCGACCCAUGGGAAGCUGAUCUGGAGGACACUUGAGCAUGUGCCGGCCAGCAAGGAGGUGAUAACAAAAUUCACCAAUGAAGACAUCCUCCAAGGCCGCCUUGUUUACCAGCAUGAUCAUUCAGAGACCCUGGAAGACGACAUUCCAUUUGUGGCCAUCAAGCAGGAAGAUGGAAGCUCUGACUUUGAGGCUGAGGAUGUGAGAGGCGUUUUCAGGGUCUCUAUUCAGCCUGUGAACAACCACCCUCCAUUCCAGUUGGUCAACAAGGUCUUUAAUGUGGUGCGGCAUGGGCAGCGCUUGAUGACCACUGAUGAUAUCGCCUUCUUUGACAAGGAUUCAGGCUUCUCAGAUACCCAGAUAGUGUUAGUAAGGAAGGACAUUCUUUUUGGUAGCAUCAUCGCUGUCGAGAACAGAAGCCGGCAAAUCUAUCGUUUCACUCAGGAUGACCUAAGGAAGAAGAAAAUCCUCUUUGUCCACUCUGGAGCUGACAGGGGAUGGAUCCAGUUCCAGGUUUCUGAUGGUCUGCAUCAGGUGGCGGCUCUCUUGGAAGUGCAGGCUUCAGACCCUUACCUCAAAAUCAGCAGCUCCACAGGCUUAGUCAUCCACCAAGGCAACCAAGGGACCAUUGACUCCUCCAUCCUCAGCUUGGAGACCAACAUGGAUGUCAGGACUGAUGAAGACAUUCUCUUCCGCAUAGUAGCCCCACCCAGAUGGGGCAUGAUGCUUCGAGGUGGGCAGCAAGUGUCCUCUUUCACUCAGAGGGACCUGCUGGCAGGAGAGGUUCUUUACCAGCACAAUGGGAGCAGGAAUUCCCAAGACAAGAUCCACCUUUCUGUCGAAGCAAACCAGGUGGCUGUUGACGCAGUGCUGAAGAUUGUGAUAGUCCUGGACCCCCAUCCUAGCCCACUAAACCUUGUUCACCAUGAGAGAAUAAGGAUUCUCCAAGGGGAAGCCGUGGAGAUCAAGAAUGACUAUUUGCUAGUUGAACAUGAAGAGAUCCCUCCCCAAGAGAUCAUCUACACUGUCACCAUCUCCCCACUUUCAGGAUUCCUGGUGGCCUUAUCUCAUGGCCCCACCUCGGACGAGCCUCCCAGCUUGGAUCCCAUUCAGACCUUCACCCAGGAGGAUAUCAAUGAAGGCAAAGUUCUCUACCUCCAUUCCAGCCCUGAGAUACAGGGUGACCAGUUCACCGUUGACAUCACAGCCAACGGGGUGGAUGCCCUGGCAGGGGUUGUGGUGGACCUGGAGAUUGUUCCUAUUUCUUUCCCACUGGAGGUGCACAACAUGACAGUGACUGAAGGGAGCUCCCAGGUGCUCUCCAUGGACAUCCUGAAUAUCCCCAGCACUUACUUCACGGCUCUUGAGGUGGAGUUUGUCAUCGUUGAACCGCCAGAACAUGGCAUUUUCCAGAAGGUGGAGAGACCCGAAGAGGGCAGCCUAAGUGCAUUUUCUUGGUCUGAGGUGGAGCAUCAACUUGUUCAAUACAUGCAUGAUGGCAGUGAGUCGUUGGUUGACAGAUUUACAGUGGUCGCCAACAUCUCCAAGCACAACCAAGAGAGCCAACCCAGGACGGUCUACAUUGACAUUCUCCCAAGCAAUGAUGAGGCACCGGUGCUGAUGGUCAACAUGGGACUGCAGAUGCAAGAGGGUGGCACAGCAGCGAUAACUCCUGAACACCUCAGCAGUGAAGAUGAAGACAGCCCUCCAGAGGAAGUCAUUUAUUCCAUCAGGACACCUAUCAAUGGAAAGGUUGUGUUGAAGCCAUCGCCUACCACCUCGGUCCAACGGUUCACACAGGCCCAGAUCAACAGCCAGCUUGUUCAGUUCAUCCAUGAAGGGUCCCUGGAUGGAGGCUUUUCCUUUGACUUGUCUGAUGGGGAGAACAUGUCUCCCGGGCACUUCUUUGCUGUGAGGGCCAAAAAGAAACUGGUUAUCACUCUGGAGAGCAAGAGAGAUCUGGUCGUGUGUCCGGGCUCUCUUCAGCCAAUCAGGAGCCAGAACCUGAAAGCAGUGACCAAUGAUGAGGCAGAAGCCCAGUCGCUCUCUUACAUCAUAGAACAGCCUCCAGGCUUUGGCAAAUUGGUGAACAGCCAGAAGUGGGAGGACAGAGGGCAGCUGAGCAACUUCACCCAAGACGAGGUGGAUGCUGGGGUAAUAUCAUAUCAGCAUGAAAUGCCACAGGAACCUUUCUGGAUUCUUGAGGACACUUUCCACUUCCGAAUUUCUUCUCCCUCCAUGAUCUCAAACCUGUAUGUCCUUGGUGUGUUGGUCUCCUUCAACAUCAGCUGUCCUCACAGCUCCACUCUGUGGAGAAACAAAGGCCUCACUGUUUCAGAAGCUCAAAGUGCAGUGGUCAACAUCUCAUUACUAGAUGCUUCUAACCUUCUUGCUAAAGAACCUGCCUCCAGAAGAGCAUCGUAUGAUGUGAUAUUUCUGGUGACGGAGCUACCCAGCCAUGGGACCCUGUCCGUUGCCGAUGGACCAGUUGAUAAAAAGCAUCCCUACUUCCUCCAGUCUGAUCUUGCUGCAGGUGACUUGGAAUAUGCCCACCAUGGACCCAGCACCCUGGGUGAUCAUUUCAGCUUUAAAGCCUGGCUCCGGCCCAGCACAGAGAGAUCUAUUCAGGCCCCACAAGAAGGGGAGGAGCCUGUCAUUUCUGGGAUGUUCAACAUCACAGUGAGUGACAGAAAUGAAAUGCCACCCGUGUUGCUCACCCAAGGCCAGGUUCUGCAGGUCCUCCAGGGUUCCCCUGCAAUGCUUUCUCAGGAACAACUGAACACCAUGGAUCCUGAUAGUUUUCCUGAAGAAAUCAAGUACAAGAUCCUUUCUGGGUUAUCCAGUGGCUUUGUAGUCAAUAUCCAUGCUACGCAGGUGCCAAUUACCCAGUUUACUCAAGCAGACAUCAACGCAGGGCACUUGAGGUUCAUCGCCAAUGGAACGGACUCUUCUGGAGUCUUACACCUUGCUAUCUCCGAUGGACACAAUCCACCCAUCUUAACUUCUUUGGAAAUCAUAGUUCUUCCAGCAACCACCUGGGCAACAAAUCAAAUCCCGCUGGAGAUACCACAGGGUGUCAACAUGGCCUUCCUGUCUCGCAAGCACCUUCUGGGGGCCUCAGGCCAAGAGCAGCAAAAUACCAUCUAUAGACUCAUCAGGGACCCAGAGUUUGGUCAGGUCAAUGUCAACCAAAAGCCCGUGAGGGACUUUUCACAGAGCCAAGUGGACAAUGGAGAAGUGACAUUUACUUUCACUGACUUCAUCUCCCCCAAAGAUGAAUUCCAGUUCCUUGCCACAGCAGGAGAUGUCAACAUUUCAGGCAUUGUGAAUGUAAUGGUCAAGGCCUUGGUCAAAACCCAACAGGAUAUCCUUUGGCCAAGAGGAGCCACCGUCCAGCUCAACACCGACAUCCUUGACGCAAGUGAACUGGGCAGCAGGACCAAGAGCAUCCCAGCCUUCAAAAUCCUCCGAGCACCCCAAGGGAGCCAUUUUGUGAAACUCUCGAGAGACAAAAGGAACCAGCCCGUCUCCACUGAUGCCUUCACCCAGCAGGAUCUUGAGGGAGGGCUAGUUGGGGUGGAGAUAUGGGAAAGAGAAGACUCUCAGGAAAACCUCCAGCAGGACAGCUUUCUGUUUGAGUUGGUGGCUGAUGGGGUGCCCCCUGCUGUGGAAUCAAUGGCAUACAUCACUGAGGCCUUCAAUUCCUCAACAGCCUAUGGAGUGAAACUGCUCAAAGUGCCUGAUUUCCAAGAAGGGGGCCAAAAUCCCACAACCCAAAGCAUAACCCCUUCUCUGCAGAUGUUGACAACUAGGCGCCCAGAGCCAGAAAACACUGAGUAUAACUCCAGUGAGACACAUGUUCGUCCAACAGCAUGGGCUGGGCACAUAACAGUUACCAGUGCAUUUCCUACGGAAAGGAGCACACUCCUUAGUUUCAUUGAAGCCAAUAUGUUCAGCAUCAUUCUCCCCAUCUGCCUCAUCCUUCUGCUUCUGGCUUUGAUCCUGCCCUUACUGUUCUACCUCCACAAACGGAACAAGACUGGUAAGCACAAUGUCCAAGGCACACCCCCCAAAUACAAAAAUGGUACAUUGGUUGACCAGGAGACUUUCCGGAAGACUGACCCCAACCAAGGCAUCCCUUUGACAAUGGUCAACACACUGGAGGCCAAAGGAGCAGGACCCAACUCAAAGGGGAUAGGGCCAGGAGGCCAGCAGGAUCCAGAACUGCUCCAAUAUUGUAGGACACCCAACACAGCCUUAAAAAACAGUCAGUACUGGGUCUGAGGACUGGAGCGAGGGACAAAAUAGCCUGUCUUGAGGUGGAGCACCAUGGGCUGCAUGGUUUCCUAAAGAUUAUCUCACCUCUUUCUCCUCCUCUGCCUCCUCCUGUUGCCUGAUUUAUAUAUGA